AUGGGUUCUUGGGAGAGUGAGGAGAACUCCUCCCUCAACGCUGGCCAGGUCGAUGGAGGAGGCCCCAUAUUAUAUUUUGCCCUCCAGAACAGACCAGCAAAGUACGGACACGGAGGAGCCAUCCCCUUCACUGUUGGACUCCUCUGGACUCCACCGAAGGAGCCCCUGGCCCGCGCUCUGGUCCCCUGGCGGCUUUGGCUUUGGGCUUCUAGCGUGGAAUGCCUGCCCCUCUGUAUCCAACUCGCUAGCGUAUAUUUUCCGGGUCGCCUUAUUUUCCGGCCAGAUUUGCCUGAAGGCGACACUCAUUCGAUCUCGCCCACCAAAGAGGGAUUCACCAAAGGAGAGGAGGAGCAUUCUGGGCCGGGGUAUCAAGAGUUGGAUAACCGCACCAUGUUGGGGCUUCUCGAUAUAUGUCCCUACGCGCGGGACCAGCGACUGGAAAACGAUGCUUCGCAGGCCGCGGCUGCCGCAAAUCCCCCUCGCACAAGAGCGCUUAUCCUUCGCAAAGGUCAAUGCGUGGGCCCCAUCGACCCCCAAAUGCGCGGUUUCUUUUCGCCAUGA